GAAGAGGAGGAAGACAUUUCUCCCGGGUUCCUGAAGCAUUAAGCUCGCUGAAUGUUGUUGACUAGCAUCGCACUUGGCACAACAUGAGUUAUAGACUACAAAUAAACACAUCUCACAUAACUACGGAUAUCUGAAGGAGACGUUGGAGGCCGACUCGUCACUUUGGCUGCUAUCUCUGCACAGCUAACAGCUAGCAGCUAGCUCGUGCAGUGUUCCUGUCGGCCGCGCAGCAUGAAGGUGAAGAUCCGCCAGUGGAACGGAGUGGCCUCCUGGUUGUGGGUGGCGAACGAUGAGAACUGUGGCAUCUGCAGGAUGCAUUUCAACGGCUGCUGCCCCGACUGCAAAGUGCCGGGGGACGACUGCCCGCUGGUCUGGGGUCAGUGCUCCCACUGUUUCCACAUGCAUUGCAUCUUGAAGUGGCUGAACUCGCAGCAGGUGCAGCAGCAGUGCCCCAUGUGCCGGCAGGAGUGGAAGUUCAAAGAGUGAUGAGCCGCUGCUGCCUGCAGAGACUCAGAGCCUCACACAUUUGAUUUUAUAGAAGCUGUACAUAACUGUUUUUGUUUUUUUAAAUAUUCCUCAUCUGAUGUAAUGCAAAGGACAUUUGGAAGCUGCUGUAUUCUGUUCACAGAUUUAGAGAUUGAUUAAAUAGAAUAAAAACUUCUUCACCGGC